CGAGGGGUCUUGACAGCUUGAAGGUGCUAGAGCGUAAGAAGUAGAAAAAAGCAGCACGCCCGAGACCAUGGACUCUACUCAGCAGGAAGAGGGCCGCGCCGAGCAUUCGGAGCUCUUCCCGCGUGACAAAUCGAGGACGCUUCGCAAGCGCGGCGUGGGGGAGUUGCAAUGCGGACAGGAGCGCCCGCUGAUCCGCCAGGGCGUAGUGGAGGAAGAGCGGGCGCGCAUUGCGCGCGCGUGUGUGUGUUCGCUUCUGUCGGGCCUCCCUGCCAGCUGCGCGCGCCGCCCCCUAUAUUGCCCGGGCCUACUAUUUUCCGCAGGCGAGUCCGUCUUCGGGGCUGUCGCCGGUUGGCCCGCUGGUGUGGCGGUUUCAUGCCCGUGCCAUGCGCGUCGGCAGGGGGCGCCCGCGGGCCUGCGAGUGUGGGCCGGCCCGGUAGGGGCGGGCCGGCCGUAUUACUCCUUCAUGCGCGGGCGCGGCCCCGCUUGUCACGGUGUUGGCCAGCCACUGCACAUUGGCCACCGCACUAACACGCGCGCGCAGCCUUCUUUGAUGGAGCUGCAGCCGCGCGUGAAUUUUUUGGGCGAGCGUUUGGCGCGGCACGCGGAUGCCCAAUAAGCGGCGCGCUCUAUAUUAUGUAUUAUGUGUACAAAGGCCCUGUGCCCAAGAUCGCCCGCGUGACAGGGG